AGCUGUUCCUUCCAGCUGAUCGCGUUUCGUGUAUACAGCUGCAGUGGUGUACUGCAAUUUAAAUUUUCUAUUUUUUACAUUAAUUUAUUCGAUUUCUAUCAAUUUAGCCGUUCAAACUUUUCAAAAAAUGUUCAACUAAACAAGUAGUUAUUAGGGUUAAAAAUAACAUAUGUAUUAUAGUAACAAAAGUUUGUACUUUGUAAAGGAACCCUCACAUGCUUUUAGGUUAUGUCUGUUCCUAUCAAAACAUUCUACAUUAUUUUAAAUUCAAUCUGUUGAAUAGGCUACGGUAAUAAGGCUUUUUAAAGAUAAACAAUUGAAGAAAUGUCUGUUCUACUGCAGAGAAAUGUAAUCGCCUAUAACAGGGGUAUUUCGUUUUGUAAGCUUUCUUUUAUAAGGAAGCACAGUGCCGGUACAGUUGUUCAAAAGGAAUCUGUUGAUGACUUGCCAGUUUACGAAUAUGGUUUGAGUGGCGCAGGUGACCGCAAAUUGUACGUGUGGGGUUUGGUAGAGCACGGUGGGCUAGGCGUUCAUCAUUUGCUCAAGAAAAAUAGAUUUCCGCCGAAAUAUUAUCAGCGUCCAAGCAGUCACAACUUGGCUCAUAUCUGCAAUUUAAAAAAAAUCAGCGCGUCUUUUGCCCAAAUAGUUGGGACUUUUUAUUCUGGUCCUCACAAAUUUUCGUACAUUGAUUUUUAA